UGACUAAUUUAGCAUCAUGAGGCCGUUUCCUCUACUGUAAAAUUUUGAAGACGAGAAACGUUCUAUGACUGCCGCAUACAGUAACCUAGCCGCCCCCAGUAGUAGGUGCUGUUGCGGGGCCAAGAGCUGAAAUGCGGUUCCGGAAUUUGCCAGUCUCAGCAUGGCGGAACAAAACGUCUUUUUCUCGUUAUGCGGCCCCACUAGUCGCUGACGUUUGGGGUUCUUAGACCGGCGAGUUGGGAAACGAGGUGAUAUAAUGUCACUGCAGGGGAGCAGGUGCUUAUCAGGCCACCUUAUGGAAUAUUGUCAGAAGAGAAAGUUUGAGAAUGGGGCAGAGUGAAACUGAAUAUACAGCAGAGCAUGUAACUGGACUUUGGCUGGAUGAUGCUUCAGGUACAGCAUUUGCCAGCAUUAAGUCAUUUGUGGAAGAUCAACUCCAAAGUAGCAUGAUGCUGGGAAUUAUCAUUGGUGUUGGAGUCUUGGUGCUGCUGGUCGCUGUGGUCAUAUUUGUCAUCCUGCGAAGGAUACAGCUUAAGAAAAUCCAGUCGCAAGAAACGCCAAAAUAUCGAUUUCGUAAACGAGACAAAGUGCUUUUUUAUGGACGUAAGAUCAUGAGGAAGGUUUCUCAGUCAACGUCUUCACUUGUUGGAACAACAGGAACUUCCAGAGCUAGGAUGAAGAAAAAACAGAAAAUGCUAAGUAUUGCCAAAAAAAUCCUACGAAUUAAAAAGGAAGUGCCUACAUUACAAUUAAAGGAGCCUCCACCCUCUGUUCUGGAAGCUGAUUUGACAGAAUUUGAUGUGGCUAACUCCCAUCUUCCUUCUGAGGUCCUUUACAUGCUGAAAAAUGUCAGGGUUUUGGGUCACUUUGAAAAACCUUUGUUCCUGGAGCUUUGUAAGCACAUGGUUUUUCAACAGUACCAGCAAGGAGACUGCAUCUUCCGCCCAGGCCAGCCAGAUAGCAGCAUCUAUGUGGUUCAGGAUGGGAAGCUUGAGCUUUGUCUUACUGGGCAGGAUGGGAAGGAUGACGUACUGAAGGAAGUGUUUCCUGGGGACAGCGUUCACAGCCUACUCAGCAUCCUUGAUGUUAUUACUGGUCACCAGAAGCUGUACAAAAAUGUUUUACUUCGAGCUGCAGAGAUGUCAACUGUUUUAAGAUUACCAGUUGAAGCUUUCCUUGCCAUCUUUGAAAAAUACCCUGAAACUCUUGUGCGAGUAGUACAGAUAAUAAUGGUUCGACUGCAGAGGGUGACAUUUCUGGCCUUGCACAAUUAUCUGGGUCUUACUAAUGAACUCUUUAGUCAUGAGAUGCAGUCUUUACGCUUCCCACAGCAACUCAGCCAUACUUCUAAAACGAGCCCUAUCCGACAGUACAAACGUGUAGUCAGCACAUCAGCCACUGAGGAUGCCAGAGAGAAAGGUGACAGUUUGACAAAGGACACGGGCACAGGAAGUGAUCCAUCCAAGUCUGAAUCCGUGGAACUAAUGGCACCACCUCUUCUGAGCCGCUGUGUUUCUAUGCCUGUUGACAUCUCAGGAAUCCCUAAGGGCCCACGUUCUGAUUUUGAUAUGGCCUAUGAACGUGGAAGAAUAUCUGUGUCGCUUCAGGAGGAUAGCACAGGCACACUGUCUUCAUUUACUAAGGAUAAGGAGCGUAAGUCUGUGACAGUAGAAGAACAACCUUCUGGAGUAUAUUAUUAUCCUGAUGAGGACAGUGCAUUUGAUCAUUUGUAUGAUGCUGUCGAGGGAAAGGAAGCAAAGGAGUUAUUUGAAACUGCUAUAAAAGAUCUUCAGAAGCUCAUGAAAAUUGAGGACAAGUCUUUGUUGGAAAAUAGAGUAACACUCCACCAUGCUAAAGCUGGAACAGUGCUGGCUCGUCAAGGUGACCAGGAUGUCAGUCUACACUUCGUGUUGUGGGGAUGCCUUCAUGUUUACCAGAGAAUGAUCGGUAAAGAGGAAGAUGUGUGCCUGUUUCUAACACAGCCAGGAGAGCUUGUGGGACAGCUGUCUGUGCUAACAGGAGAGCCCCUCAUAUUCACUGUUAAAGCUAAUCGUGACUGUGCAUUUCUCAAGAUCUCAAAAUCCAAUUUCUAUGAGAUAAUGAGAGAGCAACCAAGUGUGGUCUUGAAUGUUGCACACACAGUAGCCAUUCGAAUGUCUCCAUUUGUCCGUCAGAUGGACUUUGCUAUAGACUGGAUGGCAGUGGAAGCAGGUCGUGCCCUAUAUAGGCAGGGAGAUCGAUCAGACUGUACCUACAUUGUUCUUAAUGGACGUCUAAGAUCUGUCAUUCAAAAAAACAAUGGGAAGAAAGAACUAGCUGGAGAAUAUGGCAGGGGUGAUCUGAUUGGAGUGUUUGAAGCUCUGACUCGACAGCCUCGAGUGACUACAGUUCAUGCUGUAAGGGACACAGAACUAGCAAAGUUACCUGAGGGAACAAUGAACAACAUCAAGAGACGAUAUCCCCAGGUGGUUACACGUCUGAUCCAUUUGUUAAGUCAGAAGAUCCUGGGAACCCUACAGCAGGGUCGAGCACCUUUUCCAGGUACUGGAAUUGGAUUAUCUACCAUGGCACCCAGUUCAGAAAUGACUAAUCCAACCAGCAAUCUCUCAACAGUGGCAAUAUUGCCUGUCUGUGAUGAUGUACCAAUGACAGCUUUCUCACUGGAACUCACCCAUGCUCUUCAGGCCAUUGGCCCUGCAUUGCUUCUCACAAGUGACAGUAUCAGAGAACGCCUUGGAGCUUCAGCUUUGGAUAGUAUUCAUGAAUAUCGUCUUUCUGGUUGGCUGGCUCAGCAAGAAGAUAUCCAUCGCAUUGUACUAUAUCAGACUGACUAUACAAUGACUCCAUGGACAAUGCGUUGCAUUCGGCAGGCUGACUGCAUCCUAAUCGUUGGACUUGGAGACCAGGAACCAGCACUGGGAAAGCUGGAGCAGAUGUUGGAAAACACAGCUGUACGAGCUCUGAAGCAGUUAAUUCUCCUGCACAAGGAAGAUAGUCUAAGCCCAUCUCGUACUGUUGAAUGGCUUAACAUGAGGAGCUGGUGUUCUGGGCAUCUACAUAUAAAGUGUCCUAGAAGGGUCUUCUCUCGCAGGAGUCCCACCAAGUUGAGAGAGUUGUAUGAGAAGGUAUUUGAGAAGACUGCUGACAGGCACAGUGAUUUUUCUCGAUUAGCUCGAGUCCUCACAGGAAACACAAUUGCUGUUGUACUAGGAGGAGGUGGAGCUAGAGGGUGUUCUCAUGUUGGGAUUCUUAAAGCCAUGGAGGAAAUUGGAAUUCCUGUAGAUCUUGUGGGAGGUACUUCAAUUGGAUCAUUUAUUGGAGCACUUUAUGCAGAAGAGCGGAGCGCUGUUAGAACUAAACAGAGAGCUAGAGAGUGGGCAAAGGCAAUGAACUCUGUAUUUAAAACAGUGCUGGAUCUGACUUAUCCAAUUACCUCUAUGUUUUCUGGAUCAGCUUUUAAUGCAAGCAUUUCAAAAGUCUUUCAGGAUAAACGGAUUGAGGAUUUGUGGCUCCCAUAUUUCAAUGUGACAACGGACAUCACAGCUUCAGCAAUGCGAGUUCACAAGGAUGGCUCAUUGUGGCGGUACGUGCGAGCUAGUAUGACCCUUUCGGGGUACCUACCGCCACUCUGUGACCCAAAGGAUGGAAAUUUGCUGAUGGAUGGCGGCUACACCAACAACUUACCAGCUGACAUUGCUAGAAAUAUGGGCUGCAAAACUGUGAUUGCUAUUGAUGUGGGAAGCCAGGAUGAGACUGAUCUUUGCAACUAUGGAGAUAGUCUGUCUGGAUGGUGGCUACUGUGGAAGCGUCUUAAUCCGUGGGCUGAAAAAGUAAAGGUUCCUGAUAUGGCUGAAAUACAGUCCCGUCUUGCAUACGUGUCUUGUGUUCGACAGCUAGAAAUUGUGAAAACCAGCUCAUACUGUGAAUAUAUUAGACCACCAAUUGACAGAUUCAAAACCAUGGAUUUUGGGAAAUUUGAUGAGAUUUAUGAUGUUGGGUAUCAACAUGCAAAACUAAUAUUCAGCAGCUGGAGCAGGGGAGAUAUAAUUGAUAAAAUGCUAAAAGACAGAAGAUCUGCGGACUUUUAUGACAGUACCAAAAAGAUGGAUGUGUAUGCUACGGCAGGUUUUACAGAUCUUGCUGAAAUAGUGGCUCGUAUUGAGCCAGUUAAAAGCUAUCUUUCUGCAGAUGCAGAUGAAUCAGACUACCUUACUGAGUAUGAAGAGGAAGGUCUAGAUGUCGUAAAAGAAGAUGAAAUGCAGGAAAAUGAAGAACAUUCUACUGUUGAAUGGAAUGAGAAUGGGGUCUUUGAAACGGUUGGCAUCAUUUCAGAUGAAGAGAAAUGUAUCCGUAGCCGCAGAAAAAGGCCAACAGAGUCUCCAUUAUGAUCCUGCUGUCUCCUUUACACUUUAAACUUACAUUUGCUGAAAGGGAGAAGUGUAACUGUAAUAGUGAAGCAGACUUUGGAGAAGCACAUGCUACUUCACACAGCACAAAGAUCGGAAGCAGCCAGGUGUGCUUUUUACAUCACAUUCAGCUGUUUGCUCAUCUGCGGUUUUUGGGAACUUGAUUACAUCCGUCGUCUUUUUUUCUUCUUAAGUAUCUCAUAACCACGUAACCAGGCUAAGUGGCCUGGGUUAACUCAGCAAUUUCGUCAGCCACAUUAAAUUAUAUGAAACUGGCUGGAUUUUCUUUACACAUGUUGGUAUUUGGUAAGCUCUAAGUGGGAAUGAAGGGUCUGUGCAUUUGCUCUUGCUGCUAACUUGCUCACUAAAUUGAGGUGCUGCCUACAAAGAAUAGUUUCAUCCUUCUCCCACAGCACUGGCAGGAGGUGCCAUAUAGCAUGUUUCUUACUUACUUUUAAAUGACUUAAUUGCAGUGGUCAGUAUAUUACGAGAGUCAUGGUCAAACAUAGUGGAUCAAAAAAUCUUGUUUUAUGGGGUAUUUCAGAUAACUGAUUUCUUGGUACAAGACGUUAUUUUUGAACAAAAAAAGCUGUGUCUGAUAUUGUCCACUGACAGAAAUAUGUUGGAUCCGAGAUGUGUCUGUGCAUUCCUUGCCCCAGUUCUGUAGAACAUGUUUGAUGUCACAGAGACAGUAUCAGUGACUUUUGCACCAAAGAUUAAUUUUCAGUAGUCUGGAUGUAAUAAUGUUUUAAGAACAUACCUUUUGUACAGGUUAUGUAUUCAUUUUGCAUUCCCUGCUUUGUCCUAUAGUGGCUAUGCCACUAGGACAAUGCAUUUUUUAAGGAUGAUUUGGAAGAUUUGUUUUUUAUUAUUUUCUUCUUAAGAAGAUCAGAGUUCUUGCUGUUGUAUUGUUUGCAAAAAAUAAGAUAUUGGAUAAAUAAUAUGUAACACUAGAAAACUGUGCAAGUAAACCAGAAACUUGUAUCUGAUGGGAAGUUCUGAUGAUAAAGUAGAUACAAUGUACACUGAAAAAACAAAUAGAAAUAUGUUUGUUAGUCAAGGAAACAAAAAAUAGCAUCUUUAAUGUGGAUAGUGUAACAGUAGUUCCUCUAAAUACCCGCCUUUAUAUAUGCAAACUGUUUAUUUUUUAAUUUAACUGGAGAGAACAGUCCUCAGGGUUCCAUAUUAGACAUGAAGUGGACUUAACAAAACCAUUGUGAAUGUUAAAAAAUAACAGAUUUAUUGUUUUUCAAUUGUUAAUAUUGUAAAAUUAAGCACAUAUGUAUAAAUAGUAAAAAAAGGGAAAAAAAGGUAAUUUAAGAGCAUAUACCGUGAAGGAUGUAUAUUAUCAUAAUAGAUUAUGCUUGGUUCUUUUCAGUGCCUUUGAAUAGUUUUAUUUUGUUUCCAAACUUGCCAAGGUCUUUAAUUUAUUUCAUAAACUGCUAAUAAAUUAAUUCAAACUAA